AAACAACAAAUGAAAUUUGUAUCCAUAUUCAUACUAUUGAUCGUUGUUUUAUUUGGUAUUGUCAAAGAAACUGAAGGUGGUAGUUCGAAAUCUAACGGAACAAAUGGUACAUCAGGGAAUUCUACUAGUCUAAUGUCACGCGUCGGUACCUACUGGUCAUGGUUUGAUACAAUAUUCAGUAAAUUAUGUACUUGGAAGACAUUUCUAACAAAAUUCAUGGCUACGGGACAAUGAUCAUUUGAUUGCGUAAUAAGUUGAAUAGUAACCUUCUUUUAGUUUAUUAUGAAUAAUUGAACAAAUAAAUUCAAUAGUAAUAUAUGAUGUAAUACAAUUUAGUGAAUUAAAUGUCA